AGAGGAAGAGUCCUGCGCUCUGUACAAACGCUACGAGAUUCUGUAAGAGGACCAGCAUGCUGAUGUUGCUAGAUGUGGGCUCUGAAAUUGGGGAAUAAAAAGAAGAGGCAAAGACAGAGGAAAAAAAUACAUUUGGCUUGCAGUCAUGGGGACAGUUACUGAACUGUGUGUGUCCAGUUUUCAGACUUUCUUGUGUCCGACGGUACGAAGCAGUCCACCAGUGCCUGACGACCUCACGCCCGAUGAGCAGAAAGAGCUGGAGAACAUCCGGCGACGAAAGCAAGAACUGCUUGAUGACAUUCAGCGUCUGAAGGAUGAGAUAGCAGAAGUGACCAGUGAGAUUGAGAACCUGGGUUCCACAGAGGAGAGGAAAAAUAUGCAGAGGAACAAACAAGUGGCCAUGGGCCGCAAGAAAUUCAACAUGGACCCCAAAAAGGGGAUCCAGUUCCUUAUUGAAAAUGACCUUCUUAAGAAUACCAGGGAAGACAUUGCACGGUUCCUCUACAAGGGUGAAGGUCUUAACAAGACUGCCAUAGGAGAUUACCUAGGAGAAAGGGAUGACUUCAACAUCGAGGUCCUUCAUGCGUUUGUGGAGCUGCAUGAGUUCACAGAUCUGAACCUGGUCCAGGCCCUCAGACAGUUUCUCUGGAGCUUUAGACUUCCUGGUGAGGCGCAAAAGAUCGACAGAAUGAUGGAGGCAUUUGCUCAGCGCUACUGCCAGUGCAACCCCGGAGUCUUUCAGUCCACAGACACGUGCUACAUCCUGUCUUUUGCCAUCAUCAUGUUGAACACCAGCCUUCACAACCCAAACGUUAAAGACAAGCCCACAGUGGAGCGAUUCAUCUCUAUGAACAGAGGCAUUAAUGAUGGAGGAGACCUGCCAGAAGACCUGCUCAGGAACUUGUACGAUAGUAUCAAGAAUGAGCCCUUCAAAAUCCCUGAGGAUGAUGGCAAUGACUUAACUCACACUUUCUUCAAUCCAGACAGAGAGGGUUGGCUGCUCAAACUGGGAGGACGUGUCAAAACCUGGAAAAGACGGUGGUUCAUUCUCACUGAUAACUGCCUUUACUACUUUGAGUACACUACUGACAAAGAACCACGAGGCAUCAUCCCACUGGAGAACCUCAGCAUCCGUGAAGUAGAGGACAAGAAACCGAACUGCUUUGAACUCUUCAUUCCUGACAAUAAAGAUCAGGUGAUCAAGGCCUGCAAGACAGAGGCGGACGGACGGGUCGUUGAAGGCAACCACACAUUUUACCGCAUCUCUGCUCCAACCAUAGAGGAGAAAGACGUAUGGAUGAACAGCAUUAAGGCGGCCAUCAGUCGAGAUCCCUUCUAUGAGAUGCUGGCUGCUAGAAAGAAGAAAGUGUCAUCUAUGAAGAGACACUAAAUCUGCUCAGGACGCUGGUGUUAGAGAUUCAGGGCUGUGUGGAGCUGCUCCCCCUGCUGGAGAAGACUGAGCUAUGCAGAGAGUCAAACACAAACUUACUGCACAAAGAAACCAGAGAAAAUCAUUUACCGGAUAUGUGAGAUUAAGUCUCGCAAAGCUAGUCUCUGCCCCUGUCUUUUUAAAUUUCUUCUCGCUCGGCUCAAGUGUGUGUGGGCAUGUUUGUGGUUGAAGGAAGUCAGUGGGCUUUUUGCUUUCUGCAGCUUCCUUUAAACCCCCAAAGAAUACAUUUUCCACAUGCUUAACCAAAAUGCACUCUCUCUUUUGCUCUCUUGCUCUUUUCUGCCUCUAUCUCUUGUCUUUUGCACAUGUGCACACUUGCAUUAUCUGAAAUCAGCAGGUCUGACAGAAUGUGGAAAAAAGGCGGGAAAAGUUCCUACUUGCAUUGGAAAAGGAAGAUUUCCUUUUGUGCUUUGAUAUGUAACGGCAUUAAGUGUAUUUUUACAUUUUUACUGUGCACAAGUCCUCAGAAGUUUGUGUAUUUAACUGUUGACUUUUUUUUUUUGCCAAAGAGACUACUACAAUUUGCAGUAAAUUCAACUAUUGUAGAGAGGGUCGAAAAUCACUUUCGAUGCAACCUUGAUUUUCUCCUGAAAGUAAACCGAUCCGUGGGCAUUUACGAUUAUUUUGUAGGCAGAUGUCAAUGCAUUUCUAAAUGCGACAUGCAUAUAAUGUGUUCUAAAUGUUUGUUAAUGCUGCAGUGGUUUGAAUGUUAAUAUCUUUGAUUGCAUUGUGCCAUUAUGCAGCCGUUCUGCACAUUUAAAGCAAGGCUGUUUGGCAGCCAGCUAAAGAUUAUGGAUAGCGUCAUUACCAGGAUAUCUUAUAAUGGUACUACCACUCCAGGGCUCAACAAUAAGGAUUGCCGGUUGGCCUGGGGCCAGUUUGAGGGAGUUUGGGGCUAGUGCUAAACAUGUGGUUUUCUUUAAGUUGAACAUUGUUGUUGUGAAUUCUAACCAAUGGUAAAUUCACCCAGCUCGCCAACACAGAUUAGUUUUAGUCUAACACCUGUUACACACACAUCUAAAAAUAUGUUGUUAAAAUAUUUAUUAUUUUUUGAAAUGGGGCAAGUGCAAAUGUUGGCAAGGCAAGUCCAGGUCAGCAGAAAAAAUCCUUAUUGUUGAGUUUUACUCUCAAACAGACAGUACUGUAAUUUACAGACAGAAAUGUUAUUGUCUUUCUUUUAAUCAGUCAAUACAAAAGAGUUUGUGUGUUAACCGCCAAAUAAAAUGCUUUUUAAAAAUUAAUAAAUAUUCCUAACAACAGUUACAGUAAAACUGAGAUCGAAGAUUAAUUUGAGCUUUUAUGUCAAUAACUACGUUUCUAUCCAAGGGUUUUUUUUUUUCAAAAAGUGUAGUGCAUACCGAUAUAGCUGAUGAAAUGCAAAUUAUCGCAACAAUUUCACGAGUGUCGACAUAAUACUUUUCCGUUUAACUCUAGUGCAUAACUCUGUUGUACUUCAAAUGUCCCGAAAAACUGGUUUGUAAAUGCUUUUUUGAGAAAAUUGGCCUUAACGCAAAAUGUAGUCACAUGACAGAAAAUUAGUUAGCAUGUGUUAAUCAUGAAGACAAGGUAUACAUAAUUGAAAGCCAGUUUAUUGUACGUGAAGCUUUUCUUGCACUGUUAUGGAUUGGUCUUAAUGGCUUACAUGCACAGAUCCAAUGCUUCAAACACAUCUGCAUCACGACACUUCCAGGAGUGCCAACACAAAUAUCUCGUAUCAUGCACCUGUUAUCGACAAGUACAAGGAGAACAAAUGAAAGGCCGCUCUUUGUGAUUUAUUUAGUCGCGGUAGACAACUGUUUAUUCAAUAUUUGCUUUUCCACAUCAUUCAAAAUAAUAGAUGACAGUCAUGGAAUUAGCCCACAAUACAAAAAACAUAAUGUCUGUGCACAAAUAUGUUUUAAAUUAAAAAAUUUAAUAAAAACAAAUGCACAAUACUAGGAGAAAAGGUUCAAUGUGCUUUUUUGGAACACUAACAUAUAAACCAAUUCUAUACCUAACCUAAUCCUAUACAUUCUUGUUUAGGUUACUUAAAAGAAAAUGCCAUGCACAUUCCCUGUAUUUAAAUUAAAUUACCAAAAUGAAAAAAUUAUAUUGUUAGGCCUAUAUAAUUACCUUUUCUUUACACAAACUUAAAUUAGCUUUACCCUGUUCUGUAGACCAAAAAAGUCGGCUGAAUGACAUUCUCUGAAUGUUCUACACUUUAUUUCAAGAUUAUAAACUAUCAGAACUAUUUGUGCAAGGCUGAGUUCACAUUCAGAAAAUGAGCUUUUGAACAUUUCAUCAUUUAACAUAUAUUAAAUCUAACACGCUUUACCUCAGAUUGCAUUUGCUGAGCUUUUUCAGAAAAUGUAAAUUACAUUAUGAUUCUAAAAUUAAUUUUAGAUGACAAUCAAGUUCAGUUGGUUAAAAGUUGCUAGAUAAAUAUGCGCAACAUAAUGCAGUUGUUAUGGCGAUGCUUUAGAUUAGAUGAUUGUUCAAAAUAGCCUGUUGAAUAUCGGAAUGUAUCAUACAUAUGGAAACCCUGAUAUUACACCGCAUCAGUUUUUCUUUAAUAGCUGUGCACACCGCAUAUACACAUCGAUGGAUGGCCCAUAUACUAAGCCAGAAAGUUUCUCCAAUACUUUGUGCAGGUUGCCAGCUUGAACAGGGCAAUGACGAUCCACUUCCGGGUCUGUACCAGUGGCAACCUGCAAUAAGCACAACAUCAGGACCAAUAUUACAAUCCUAUCAGAAGGGCAACUUUUAAUCCCUUUUAAUCGCAAUUCCUCCUCUUCUGAUUCCAUUUAUUUGAGAAAUUAAAAUUACUGUAAAAUGGCUAAUUUCAAUCAAUUGUCUCCAUAAUCUCCCCAUUUUACCAAAACUUUUGGGGGAAUAAAAAAGGGGGACAUCUGGGAGGUGAAAGGUACACAAUUAGUGAUAUACACACAUUUCUGUAUGGAAACGGCAUAAGGGCAGAUUUCUUCAUGUGAAAAAUCAAAACUUAUGACUGUGUUUUUUUUUAAGCAUGACAUCACGCACUCCAUUUUUAUCAAUAAAAGGCCAUUUGAAUGGAAUCAAGCAGAAGACGGCAAAUUUCCCAGAUAUAUAUUUUGUGCAUUUCCACUGUCGAUAACAAAACGUGGAUGGAAACUAGGUUAAUGGCAGUUAAAUCAGAUGUUGUGUAGUUGCUCCAGUGCCUGCUCUCAUAUUUUCCACUCAAUCCUCGAGUCUUUAAUUUCUCUGGUUUCCAUCUGUCUAGCAGUUAGUUUUAAAGCAAAAUAUCCAGUCUUAAUCAGUAUUGGUUUAAUUUAUCAAAGAUGUACAUACUUUAUUGUAUAGAGAAUUUUGGUUUCUGUUUUAUAAAUGUGUGUAUGUAGCAGUAUUGUAAUACUUCAGUGCCAUUUUUUUUUUUCUUAAUUUUCUUUUUUCUUUUUGUUGGAGGUUGAUACCAUUGCAAUGGUUGCUAGACUACACUGAAAUAAAGAUGAUAUUAU